UCAACUUUCCCCUGAUCAGUGAGAGUCACACUGUUCUUGCUUCGCCCUCUCUCUCUCUCUCUCCAGUUAUCGGAGCAUGCAAAGGCAUCAGUCUCAGCAUUUUCGGUAGAAAUGACGAACAAGGGCAAAGGAAAGGGCAAGGAGGUCGCCGGAAAAUCUUCGACCGGCAAGCGCAAGGCCAGCUUCGAUGAUGACAAGACCGGUGGCCGCUUCAAGUCAGCAGCCAUGAAGUUUAUCGAUGACGCCGCUGACGUUGACGACAGCGAUGACAGCGACGACAGCGAUUUGAGCGAAGAGAGUGAUUUCGGCGACGAUUUUUCCGACGAAGCUUUUGAUUCCUCUCCGAGAAGAAUGAGCGAACCAGGCCCGAGCAGUUUCUUGCGUGUUCCUAGGAAUUGGUGGACGAAGAAGAGUUUGAUAGAAUAUUGGAGGAGCGCUACGCUGACCCAUCUAAAUUUAUUAAAUUUGCUGAUGAGUUUGAUGACAAAGGCAACAACCCGAAUUCUAUUCAUGACGCGGUCAUGGAAUUAAUGCCCAACAUCUGGAAAGUCAAAUGCACUGUUGGCCGGGAGAGGCUUUCAGCUUUGUGUCUGAUGCAGAAGUUUGCUGAUUUGUUUUCUUUGGGUACUGUCUUGAAGAUAAAAUCUGCUUUUGCCGUAGAUCACAUGAAAGGUUUUGUAUACAUUGAGGCUGAAAGGCAGUGUGAUAUAAAUGAGGCAUGUCAAGGGAUUCCCGGAAUCUAUGUUACUCGAGUAGCUCUUGUACCAAAUAGUGAGGUCUAUCACCUUUUUUCUGUUAGAAAUAGAACCCCUGAAAUUUCUGAGGGUAUGUGGGCUCGAAUAAAAGGUGGUAAUUACAAAGGGGAUUUAGCACAGGUGGUGGCUGUAAAUAAUACCAGGAAAAAGGUUACAGUUAAGCUCAUUCCAAGAAUUGAUCUGCAAGCUUUGGCUGCCAAAUUUGGUGGAGGUUAUAGUCGCCAAAAGGCUGCUGUACCAGCCCCUAGAUUAAUCAGCUCGAGUGAACUUGAGGAGUUCCGACCACUCAUUCAGGUCAAGCGAGACCGGGAAACUGGCAAGGUUUUUGAGGUUCUCGAUGGCUUGAUGCUCAAGGAUGGGUAUGUAUACAAGAAAGUAUCUCCGGAUUCAUUAACUUUAUGGGGUGUUGUGCCAACAGAAGAGGAGAUGUUAAAAUUUGGGACUUGUGAAAACAAUGAGUCAAAUGAUCUAGAGUGGCUUGCUCAACUUUAUGGUGGUAAGAAGAAAAAACGUGUAAUAAGACCCAACAAAGGAGGUGGGAAAGGAGAGAGUUCAUCAGAUUUGGGUGUGGGAAAUGAUUUUGAACUUUAUGAUUUAGUAUGUUUCGGGAAGAAGGACUUUGGUGUAAUAGUAGGCAUGGAUAAAGAUGAUAUUUACAGGAUUCUAAAAGAGAGUUCAGAUGGACCUGCUGUUAUAACUAUCGAACGAAAGGAAAUAAAGAGUGGGCUAUUGGAUUUGAAACUCACCGCCUUUGAUCAACAAAAUAAGGCUAUAUUGGUUAGUGAUACCGUCAGGGUUCUAGAUGGUCCAUCUAAGGGUAAACAAGGCAUUGUUAAGCACAUUUAUAGGGGAAUUGUCUUUUUACAUGAUGGAAAUGAGGAAGAAAAUGGAGGUUACGUCACAUGUAAAUCUAAUACGUGUGAGAAGGUCAAGCUUGAUGCUGGUGAUUUCAGUGGAAAGGAUAGUGAACCAGGUCCUUUAUUCUUUGAAGACCAACCAUCAUCACCAAGAUCUCCCUUAUCACCCAAAAAACCAUGGCAAGCAAGAGAAAAUAAUCGAGAAUUUAACCGUGGGGACAGCAAUAACAUGUUUAAUAUUGGUCAGACCUUGAGAAUUAGGAUAGGUCCUUUGAAGGGAUACCUUUGCCGUGUCAUUGCCUUGCGCCGUUCUGAUGUAACUGUGAAACUUGAUUCUCAGCAGAAGGUUCUUACAGUUAAAUGUGAGCAUCUUUCUGAGGUUCAGGGGAAGAGUGCUGCGAUUUCAUCACGUGGUGAUCCAGAUUCAAGUUCAUCUAAGCCAUUUGAGCUGCUGGGUGGUGAAGGAAACUCUGGAGGUUGGCUGAAUGGAGUGGGAACUUCCACUGGCAGUGGUGGAUGGAAUGCUGCUGGGGCAUCAUCUGAAAGGGGUACAUGGUCUAAUGAUUCUGCGCCAAGCUUAUUGAAGCCAGACUCUUCCUUAAAUCCUUUCAGUUCCAAGGGUGCAGAGGAUUCUCCUUGGGAAACUAAAAGUAAUUCAAACCAGAACUCUGCAUGGGUUGCUGCAGUGGAGAAGACUGGAGUUGCUUCUAAUCCAGAAAACUCUGGUGGCUGCUGGGGAAAUGGUGGAGGCAGCUGGGAUCAGGCAGAACGUAAAACUGGAAGUGUGGGUGAUGACAAUCAGAAUAGCAAUUGGAAUACAACCAACAUUUCUGAAAAGGAAUCUUCUGGUUGGAACAGUGUCCAAAAGUCGAAUGAAACUUCGUUGACUGGAUGGGGUGAUGGCAAUGGUUUUAAAAGUGGAUCAGAUGAAGGAAACCUCACUUCUAAUUGGCGUGGGUGGGAGUCUGGAACAAGUGGAGUCAAAAUCGGAAAUCCUUCUGGUUCUUCAGAUAUCAAUGCUAGUAAGGAUGCUGGAUGGAGCAAUAAACCAAAUAAUGAAGGGAGUGGGCGAUCUGGUAUGGGAACAAAAGGCAAUUGGAAUGCUUCCGUAAAUUCUUCACGUGAUGUGGAGGAAGAAGGUUGGAGUGCAGGAAAUACUUCAGACAGUCCAGCUGUGGGGUUUGGUCAAGCUGGAAAUAGUGGUUCUGAUUUGGGAAAAGACAGUAAAUGGAAUGCUGUAUCUGAUGGUACUGGUGCAAAUCAAGGGAAUGGUUGGGGUCAGAAAAGCAAUUGGAACUCUGGAUCUUGGAAUGACUCAAGUGAAAAAAAAUCCACCAGCGGGAAUUCUCACUGGAGUUCUGGGCGUACUGAGCCUGGAAAUCAAGAUUCCAACAUGGACGUGAAAAGCAAUUUGAACUCUGGAAGCAGUGGAAACUGGGCUUCUGAUCGGAAAAAUAGCAAUUGGAAUCCUGGAUCUGAUAAUUCAAAUGAAAAUCCAGACAGGGGAAAUAAUGACAACUGGAACAGCAAUAAGCAUUUUUCAAGUGCGGGGAAUGAAAGCAAGAAUUCCGGCUGGAGUUCUAGGCAUCCUGAUACUGGAAAUAAUGAUAGUAGCUGGGGCAAGAAAAGUAAUUGGAAUUCUGGAUCAGGUGAUGCCAAUCAAAACAACAGUUGGAAAAACAAUAGCAGUUGGAGUGCAGGCUCAAGCCAUAAACAGUUGAAUAGUGAAAAUGAAGGUUCAAAUGAAAAUUCUAGAGGAGUUGGUGGUGGGAACCGGAGAGGUUGGAAUUCUGGAUCAGGUGACGCCAAUCAAAACAACACUUGGAAAAGCAAUAGCAGCUGGAGUGCAGGCUCAAGCGAUAAUCAGUUGAAUGGUGAAAAUGAAGGUUCAAAUGAAAAUUCUAGAGGAGCAGGUGGUGGGAACUGGAGAGGUUGGAAUUCUGGAUCAGGUGACGCCAAUCAAAACAACACUUGGAAAAGCAAUAGCAGCUGGAGUGCAGGCUUAAGCGAUAAUCAGUUGAAUGGUGAAAAUGAAGGUUCAAAUGAAAAUUCUAGAGGAGCAGGUGGUGGGAACUGGAGAGGUGGUUACCAGGGUAGUGGUGGAUCAGACACAGGGGGCUUUAGAGGUAGAAGUUUUCGUGGUAGGGGAGACCGUGGGGGUUUUGGAGGCCGGGGAGAUCGUGGGGGUUUUCGUGGCCGGGGAGACCGUGGGGGUUUUGGAGGCCGGGGAGAUCGUGGGGGUUUUGGUGGUAGAGGUAGAUCGGACAGGGAAGGUUUUGGUGGUAGGUGGGGAUCAGGUGGAGGUCGAGGUCGAGGAAGGAGUGAUCAAUCUGGUAGUUGGAACAAUAGGAGGGAUUCUAGUGAGGAUGGGUCCUCUGACUGGAAGAAGGGUCCAGAUAAUGUUGAAGGAUGGAGUAAUAGUAAUGGAUCCCAGGCUUGGAAUCAGGAUACUGGUGACAAAAAAAGGAAGAGCUGGAGCCAGGAAAAUGCGGAUAAGGAGCAGCCUAGCUGGAACCGUGGAGGUGGAAGUGAACAGAGAUGGAGUUCAGCAAGUGGUGGGGCUAAUGAUAAUAGAUCCCAGGCUUGGAAACAUGAUACUGGGGACAAGGACAGGCAGAGCUGGAGCCAAGGGAAUGCAGAUAAGGAGAGUCCUAGUUGGAACCAAGGGGGUGGGAAUAAGCCAAAGUGGAGCUCAGCAGAUGGUGGAGCUAAUGAUUCAGGCUGGAAUCAAGGAGGUGGAAGUAAGAAGAGCUGGAGUUCAGUAAGUGGUGAAGCUAAUGAUAAUGUAUCUCAGGCUUGGAACCAGGUGAAUGCAGAUAAGGAUCGUUCUGGCUGGAACCAAGGUGGAAACAAGCAGAGCUGGAGCUCCGCAAGUGGAGCUAGCGAUAAUUGGAACAGCAAUGAGUCAAGACAGGCUACAGGUGCUAGCUUGAAAAAAUCUUCAAAUGAAGAGGCCAAUGUCCAUGAUGGUGGGUGGAACAAGGGAUCCAGUUCAAACACUACUGGAGUUCUGAAGUGGGGUCAAUCUAGUAGUGCUGCAGACAAUGGCCAAUCUUCUAGCUGGAAAGAAUCAGCAGCAGAAGGUGCAGCAGGUUCAUGGGGCAAGAAAAAUGACGGGGUUGUCAAAGGUGGAUGGUAGUUGCUUUCUUUCUAAAACGUGAUGGACGGGAGCAUUUUGAAAUGUAGCCAAUGGCAAACCUUUUUUUUUUUUUUUUUUGUAUAUCCGUAUAAGUCUUUGCUGAAACGUGAUUUCUCCCUUAAACUAAACAGGUUCGGUGAAUGACUAAUUCCUUCCGUUUUAUGCGUGAUUAUGUUAAAUGUCUACUAGAAUUUGAAUGCAUUGUUGGAUUACAAUGUGUUCCUUUCCGAGUCUA